AUGCACCUCCGUAAGCACGACAAAGACCUGUGGCAGGCUCGUGGCGCGACACCGGACUGGAGCUUAGUGGAUUGUAACUGUACCAAGCCUGAUAAGUAUGAUUAUGGAGAGGAGUAUGGAUGUGAAGAUGAUCCUUUAUAUCCCCCCCAAGAAUGUUCCGAAGGGGCUUGGGAAGGCGCAAAGGCGUGCGUGGGUUUGUUCACAUUCGGAAGUGCGUACGGCAUCACCCCGCUUCGCGAGGAUGCUCUCGACCGUCUGUGCUGGUAUUACAACGAAGUGCGUACCAUCGGACUUGCGGAAAUUGAAGACCCCGCAGUCGGGGAUGACAAUUGGGAGUUGACCGAUCCGAUCCUCCCAUUGCCAGCCAAGCAUUGCGAACACGCGUACAAUCAAACUCCUCCCGGCUCGCCUCUUCGCAAGCUUCUCGUUCGGGCCUUCUGCGCUUCCCACCAGCCAGGUCAUCGUGGGAAGUUCAUCUGUGUCGGCUUCAAAACGUGCUGUGACUUUUCGACCGUUUAUUUGCACAAGGAUAUCCUUCAACCAGUAGAUCCUCCUCAAGAGCUCCUCGCCGACGUAGCUGCUUGCUUCGCUAGCGGGGUUUCAUCCACGUACGUGGUGAAAGGCGAAGACAUCGCAUGUGAGAAGUACCCAGUUCUGCCCCCUUCCGACUUCCACGCCCACAAUAGCGAGCAAGAGCGCCAGCACUGUUCCAAGUUGCCAGUGGAUCCCAACACACGAGUACAUAUUGAAGAAUAG